AUGGUAGAUGCAACCUACAGAAAUAUGUCGGGGUUUAUGGCACCGUUUAGAGGUGCACAUGGCACGCAUCAUGAGCGGGUAGCUAAAGUUCUGUUCAACAGGCGACAUGCAUCGGUUAGAAAUAUUAUUGAACGCACCUUUGGAGUUCUGAAGAAGCGUUUUCCAAUAUUCAAACGUCCAAUGCAGAACUAUCUCAUAGCAACGCAAAAUAAUAUUGUGCUUGUAUGUUGUACUUUACACAAUUUUAUGCGGGAUUACGUGCCAAAUGAUGAGUACUUCAAUGAAGAAGUUGCAAAUGGAGCCUUUGCUGAUGCACAGAUAGUAGGAGAGCAAGUGCAGAUGGGUCAACCCAUCAAUACAUCGCAACAGGGCAUAAAUAACUGGAAUGAAAAUUGGCAGGCAAUCGCGGCGCACAUGAAUUGGAAUGCACAUAAUUAG